AAAAUUUUCAAAGCUUUUUUUGCAAAAUUUUAAAAUAAGACUGUUCUGGUAAUACUCAGCAAAAAAUGUCAACAUCAUUGUGAUAGAAUGCUGAGUAUAGUACAUUUAUUCAAUUGCUAAUCAGAAAAAAAAAUAUCUAAUUUGAAAAAUCGAAGGAGAUUUAUUGAAGUCAUACAUUCGUAGAAGUAUUUCCUUGAGAUAUAUGUAAAAAUCAUUGAUACAAACUUCGAUUAUGAAUUGAAAAAUAAAAUAUUUUCAUUUAUAUGAAAGCAAACUUUUUGUUAAUCUUAGAAUCACAUUCAUUCUAAAGAUGUCUUAUAAACUCAUUUCUUAAGUUAUUCUUCUGUUACACGUUCAUUCGUACUAUCACUGGUAGCACUUACGACUUUCAGUCAAAGGUAGAAAUAAUGAUAGAGAAUGUUCUCUAGUUGACGAUGAGUUAUUUAUUAAUAAAAACUUUCACAUAGUCAACUAUUAUAAAGUCUUUUCUCAUAAUUGGUACCAAUUUGAGCUCUGCCACUAGUAAGAUGACUUAGACGCAUCAGCAUUAUCAAUUUACAAUUAAAAAUGAUAACAUUCAGUCAGUUUUAAUAGACAUCGUUGUGAUAUAAUAUGCUAUGAUAUAUCAGUUUCAAAACGACACUGUUUAUCACAUGAGUAGAUUGAUACGUGUAUACUUCGUGUAAACACUACGAUUUCAAAAAAGUAAUUAGCAUGACUUCUUUCUAUUUUUACAUUUGAUAAAGAUAGAAUAAACUAAAAAGUAACAAUAGAAACAAGAUCGAAACGAUAUAAAUUUAUGUUUAAACUUUUUUUUUCAAAUUUCUGUAAGGAAACUUGAUAUAUUUUAGGUAUCUGAAGUGAAUCCAAAUGCUGAAUUAAUAUUACCAUAAUGUUCAAUGUGUCAACAAGAAUCGAAUUGACCAUUAUUAGCUGUAUCAAAAGGAUUAUCUGAAGGCACAAUGAUCAAAGGAAGGCAACUGACAACAUCAACAGUAGAUUUGUGAGCAAAAUCUUAUACCUAAUUCAACACAUUUCCAAUAUUUAUCUUGACGUUCUUGAACAUAUGAUUGUAGUAUUUUAUUUCUACCAGAUAGAUAUGCAUUACAUUUUCUUUACUAUUUUCUGUAUGUUCGUACACUAUAUCAUUAUGAAAAAAUAUCAGAAUUAGAAAACAUAGAUUUAUUAUUUGACGAGUAUUACAAAAAUUUAUCAAAAUUAUAUGGUGAAAAAUCUGAAUUACUUACUGUACAUUUGCAUGCACAUUUAAAAGAACAGGUAGUGCUUCAUGGUGCUUUAUCGAUGACAUCAUGUUUUCCACGUGAAUCAUAUUUGGGAUUAGCAUUAACCAUGUGCUAUGGUAAGAAAUAUGUGUUAGCACAAUAUAUUUCAUGGCAUUUGAUUGAGCGUUCUUUAUGCGACAAGAAUACCAUCGAAGUAAAUGAUAUUUUUAUUACUGAACGAUUUUAUGAUCGUCACUUAGACACACAAAUGAUUGCAAGAUAUAAAGCAAAAUUGAUUGCAUGUUUGAAAAGACAAAAUAUAAUAUUUGAUGAAAGUUUUCGAAUCGAAUAUUAUGCUCGAUAUUCUCGUGGUUUUAAAAGUUAUCAUUCAAAAGUUUAUUCACGUGCUGGAAGAGCAAUUAGUCACAGAGUGUCUGUUAUCAAUCACAAAUGUAUACAUGCAAGAAAAAGAUGUUUCGCCGAUGUCAUAUUUUAUUUUAAAUUAUCCGAUGUAUACUAUGCAUUUAUUAAAAAAUAUCCAUGUAUUAAUCUUAGUUUAGAAUCUGGCUUAACAACAACUGUUGUUCCACAAAAUAUUCUUAAUCGACUUGAUCUUUAUUACGGUACGAAAGCACAAAUGCAUAUGGAUAAAACUAAAUUUGCACGUCAAACUGGUAGUGAAGAGAUAGAUUUGGGGAACUUUUUCGAUAGUGAAGAUGAUAAGGAAAACAAAGAGCAAGAUUUAUAUAUGCCGACGUCGUUACUGCAAACGUUAUCAACACCACAAGGCUCAACUGUAUCAAAAGAAUAUUCAACGGAUAAAUUAUCUCAAAAUAAUCUAUCAUCCCGACCAACUACUAUUUACACAACAAAUGAUCAACCAUUAAUUAAUUUUGAUACAAUAUUUGAUUCACCACUAACAUCCAACAAACGUACACAUGAUUCAAGUUCACUUGAUGCCAGGGAAGAAGAUGAAGAUGGAUCAUCAUCGACAACGACAGUACCAGCAGAUAUUGAACAAAUUAAUCUAUCCAUCAAAGAAAUUUUCAAUGUUGAAGCCAAUCAAGUAAAAGGUCCACGAGACCGGCCUACCAUUAUUAUUCGAAAUCUUUUUACAAUAUCGAAUCAUGCAUCUGAUUAUCGACAAUAUUUAGAAAAACAUUCUAAUUUAUUAAAAGCAUUCUUACAAUAUCGUUGUCCUGGUAUAGUUAACAUCAAUGAAACUUGGCUAGAAGUUACUAAAUCAAUGGCAUCAUUAGCUAACGAUAUUAAAAAAAAUAUGAAAACAAAAUUAGCUCGACAAAUGGCGAACUCAUCAAUCAAUCAACAACAUUUAAUAGAAAUUAUACCAUCCAAUGAUAUGUUAAUAAUACCAGAUGCUAAUCUUAAACAGAAUUUAACUUUUUAA